AUGCAGCUUCAAGCCGCGAGCGCCGCUGCUUUUCUGGUAGUCGCGUCUACCGCGUCUAGCACUGCAGCCCGAUGUUUACAGCCAAUCAAUGGGUCUAAUGGAGACGUCGCGUACAAGUUUCAUAACAAAAAGAAUUAUGACAUCGUGCUCGACGACUCUCAAUGGCCUACUUCGACGAUCAACGUCAUCUUGGCGAAGAUCAUCCUUGAAGAACAUCUAGGCUUCAACGUGUCUUUCAAGCCAUCAGGUGGAUUGGACAGUUGGGAUCCCAUUUCGAGAGGUGAAGUGCACGCAAACCUGGAGGUGUGGGAGUCGGAGUUGGAAAAAACAUAUUACCAAACGUACAUCGUGGAGGAUCACACCGUCGAGCCAUUGGGAGCUGUUGGCGUGGUGGCCAGGAAUGGCUGGUACGUCCCAACUUCCUUCGCCCAGGAGUAUAACUCCAUGACUACAUAUCUGGGUCUGAAAAAUGAUGCUGCCCUGCAGCACUUGAAGUACACCAGGGAGAACUAUACAGUAAACGAAAGUAUCGAGAACGGCCUGUUCAUUGGUCCACCAGUAUUUUGGGCGCCGAAGAAAGCAGAAGAACAGAUAGCGAGAAACCUACACCUCCCGCUUCACAUCCACUACGCGGAUGACUACGGAGAGUACUUGGACGGCAUGCUGGACUGCCUCGAGCGGAGGAACGGGCACAGCGGAAAGUGCAUCAUGUACAAUUACUUCCCCAGCACGAUCAAAGCGGCCUACAACAUAAGCCGUGUGAGUUUGCCAGAACACACUCCUGAAUGUUACGAAAAGGGCGACGAGGGAGGAAUUGAUUGCGACUACGACUAUGCACACCGCUUCGCGGGGGACACGGCCAGGCAGGGGUCGGCGGAUUUUAUCCUGUACAAGAUAGUGUGGUCUGAGCUGGCCACGUACGCGCCCGACGCGUAUCACGUCCUUCAGCAGUUCAAGCUUACGAAGAACGAUCAGGAGGAUAUGCUGGCAAAGGUCAUGCAAGGCAUAUCGUAUUACGACAUCGCCUGCGAGUGGAUCCAUCAGAACAGCAAUUCAUGGAACUCCUGGAUUCCGUUGGAUUUUGCCGACGAGCCUCCGCAACCCAGCGCAGGGUCCGUGGUGCAGACUCCUGAGUGGGUCCUCUUGCUCAUCUACGCGCUGUCCGGAACGCUGGGAGCCAUACUCCUGAUCAUCGUUGUGGCGUGGCUGGUGUGGACGGUGCGCUCCCGACUCAAAUUGCAACGGCAAGUGAAGGCCGCGCUGGAGCUAAAGGUGCGGGAGUGCAGGCAAUGCCUCAGAGCGCUGCCGUUCCCGAUGUACUUGGUGGACGGGCGGACGUGGACGUCGCUGGCGGUCAUGACGCGACACGAGAAUCUGCGCAACGCCUGUGCGCUGAAAGCGCUCGACACGCUCAAGGACAUACUGAAGUUCCAGGACUCGGGCAAUAUCAUCGCCUUCUUCAGCCACCAGUGGUCAGGUUGGAAGCACCCUGAUCCCGAAGGGAAACAGUGGUCCAUAAUGAAGUCAGCGAUGGCCACCAUCGCCGAGAGGGAGAGUCGCCCUCUGCAUGAAGUUUGGGGAUGGGUCGACUACUCUGGUAUUCCUCAGAAGAAUCGCAAUGUGCAGAUGUUCGCCAUCGACGCGUUGCCCAGCUACGCCGCGAACUCCAACUACUUCAUCGUGGUGGCACCCAGCGUUCGGCAUUCAGACACGGGCAUGCCUCAGGAUCGAAGCACGUACAACAGCAGGAUGUGGUGCCGCGCGGAGCAGCUCAGCCGCAUCUCCCAGUGCGGGAUGCGCGACUUCUACUUUGCCGAGGACUCCGGCCUCUGCUCGGGCCAGGAGCUGCUGGGAGCAUCGUGGGAGGCGUACCUCGCAGACGUGAUGAACGUGUUCUCGGGCGAAGCCACGUGCUGCAGCGAGAAGCACCAGAGGGGGACGAAGACUCUGUCGUGCGACCGGCAGAGGCUCGUGACGCCGAUAAUGUCGCUCAUCGCGAGCCUGCAGGCCAGGGUGAGCGUGUGCAUGUCCGACCUGGACGAGGAGUCCGAGGCGUGGAUUGAGCGUCUGUUGGCCCAUCUCGAGACGUUCUUCCCCAAGACCUAUCGAAGGAUUGCGGAUAUCUACCACGGCUCCGACGGCGAAAAAGAGUUAACCUUGUUUGGCAACCUUGUGCGCGAGGUGCUCAAGGACGUUCGGGAACAGCGGUUUAAGUGGCUGGGGCCAGGCAAGGACACCAUCGUAGCGGAGGAAAGCAGCAAGUCCUCGCUCGAAGUUGACAGCGAUCCGGAGGGGAGCGAACCUGGCAAUGAUUGCGGGGCGGCAUCAGAGGCGCUGACGGCGAUGAAUCCCAGCUCCGAGCAGCUCGCUGAAAUUUAA